AGCGCCUCUUUUCAUCAGCUUACUUAACUCGGUUCGUUACCGCCAUAUUUGUUUUUUCUUUCUUUCCACAAUCUGAUCGCCUUCGGCUUCAAUUUCAAUCGAUGAUCCAACUUCAUCGAUUACUCACUCUUUUUGAUCUGUAAUUUGAUUCUUAUUUUUCGGAUUAAGUGCGUCGCCGGGAUAUUGAACGCGUUUCUGGCCGAUUCGGGUGAAUGGCGAUUUUGAUCCAGAUCUAGGGUUUUACUUCCAUUUCUCUCUGAAAUUGGCGCAUUCUACCGUUUCUUUUUGCUAGAAUUUCUCUUUGAGGCUUGAGAGAUUCGUAUCUCGCGUCUGUGGAGAGUUUGAGCUUACCGAGUUGAAGAUGGCUGUCAAAACAGCGCAAUCAUUUAGAGAUCGGACGCAUGAAUUCCAGAACAUAGCAGAAAGGCUAAAGAAGUCUUUCUCAUCUGGCACUGGAACAACAGGACCAAGUGUUGGUUUAAAAUCAGAAGAGCAGCGUUCUGCUGUGGCUCUGCAGUCAGAAUUUAAUAAGAGGGCUUCCAAGAUUGGGUUAGGGAUACACCAGACGUCCCAGAAACUCUCAAAGUUGGCAAAAUUGGCAAAGAGGACUUCAGUUUUUGAUGACCCAACAAUGGAAAUUCAGGAGCUAACUGCACUUAUUAAGCAGGACAUUACAACAUUGAACUCUGCAGUUGUAGAUCUUCAGCUUCACUGCAACUCUAGAAAUGAAAAUGGAAACAUGUCCAGCGAUACUACUAGUCAUUCAACCACUGUGGUGGAUGAUCUUAAGAAUCGCCUUAUGAGCACAACUAAAGAAUUUAAAGAAGUUCUAACUAUGCGAACAGAAAAUUUGAAGGUUCAUGAGAAUAGAAGACAACUAUUUUCUUCUACUGCUUCAAAGGAAUCUACAAAUCCUUUUAUGCGCCAACGCCCUUUAGCUUCCAGGUCCACUGCUGGUGCCUCAAGCGCACCCCCUCCUCCGUGGGCCAAGCCGCCUACAUCUUUUUCCAAAACAUCUCCCGGGAAGCAGGUAGAUGGGGAGAGUCAACCAUUGUUACAGCAGCAACAGCAACAGCAACAGCAACAGAUGGUUCCAUUACAAGAUACUUACAUGCAGAGCAGAGCUGAAGCUCUUCAAAAUGUAGAAUCCACUAUUCAUGAAUUGAGCAAUAUCUUCAACCAGCUGGCGACUCUGGUUUCUGAACAAGGAGAGAUUGCAAUCAGGAUUGAUGAGAAUAUGGAUGAUUCUCUGGCAAACGUGGAGGGGGCACAGGGAGCUUUGCUCAAGUAUCUAAACAACAUAUCUUCAAAUAGGUGGUUGAUGAUCAAAAUUUUCUUUGUACUAAUAUUCUUCCUUAUGGUCUUCCUAUUUUUUGUGGCAUAGUCGUUGAAGAAAAGAGAUGUAAUUGGAAAACUCAAGAGAAAAGAAAAAUGUUUUUUGUUGUCUAUUAUUAGUAGCCCCUUCGUAUUCUUUCAUAUACUACCUUUAGCCACCCCCAUUUUAUACUUUUCAGACGGAUGAUCUGGAUUCUAGUACAGUAUAAUGUUGAUAAUGUGUCAGUUUGUGAAUUGUAAGAGGAGUCGAAAACAUCGUGGCGAUUGCCAUAGCAAUCGGUAAACCCUCUUUUCCUCAUUAA